AUGACAGCUAGAGCAACCGUUACGCUUCUUAGCGAUGGAGACAGCUCCGGUUCACAAACUGGCUCGUCUGAUGGACUCAUUGCUGAUAUCACUCAUAUCAGGACGCCCCCGCUGUUAGGGAUUCCGGUUCACUCACCUCAUCGACCUGUUGGUGGAGGAACAUUUGAACAAGGUGGCACGUCCAAUGCGCCCGCUCUACCAAAAAGAAACCUGCUUCAGUCUUUCAUGCAAGGAAGUGGGAGUGGCAGUGGUCCUUCACUUGAUCUGCGUUUGGGUCUCGAUACUGAUAACAAAAAUGGAUCGGGGAGUAGUUACGUCAACUUAGGGGACUCAUCCUCUGACACCGACGAGAAUGAUGGAUCAAAGCAACCAAUAGACGACAUUGUAUACGUCGGCAUGAUUUUCAAAAGCAGGGAAGAGUUCAAACACCACAUGGCCAUGUAUGCGAUCAAAAAUAAAUUUCGGUUUCGUAACUCAAGGUCUUCUCCAAAUGGGAUGGUCUUCCGAUGCUUUAGUAGCACUUGUAACUGGCGUGUUUACGCCAAAAGGAUGAAAAUUGUAACUUCGUAUGAAAUUCGAAGAGUUGACUUGCAACACACGUGUUCUGUUGAUUCACGUGCUGGGUAUCAAAGCCAAGCUACACAUUCGGUCAUUGGGGAGAUGAUGAAAGCCAGGUUUGGCGGUAGUGGCGCUGGACCUCCCUGGAGAAAUAAGACAGCUUGGAGAUCUAGACAAAUUGCUCUGGACUUUGCUAAAGGAUCUUCUGGCGCUUCUUUCAACCUGAUUCCAGACUAUCUUAAGCAAUUGGUUCAAGCAAAUCCAGGGACGAAGACAGCUUUACAUACGGAAUUUGAGGAUGGAGUUGGCCAAAGAUUCAAGUACUUGUUCAUUUCGAUUGGAGCAUGCAUUGUAGGGUAUAGGUAUCUAAGGAAAGUUGUCGUACCACAGUCUGAGGAUUUGGUAUUUGUCUCGGAUUGCCACUCUUCGAUUUAUUACGCAAUAGCGAAGGUCUAUCCGCUUGCUAGGCAUUGCGCCUGUGUGUUGCAUCUGCAAAGAAACAUAAAGACUCAUUUCAAGAACAAACACCUAGGUUACAUGGUUGGAAAAGCGGCUAGGGCUUACAAGGUUUCAGAUUUUUACCGCAUAUUCAACGAGAUCAAGAAGAUAAAUCCUUCCUGCGCAGACUACCUAAUCGGCAUUGGAUUUGAGCACUGGUCGCGUUCCCACUUCAAAGGUCAGAGAUACAACAUCAUGACCAGCAAUUUUGCUGAAUCAUGGAACGCUGUCCUACGCGAAGCUCACGAGUUCCCUAUCAAACCACUCGUUGAAUUUAUCAGAGACAAGCUAAUGCAGUGGUUCGCUACUAGAAGAGCUACAACUUGCAUUUCAUUCGACACCCUUACUCCGCGUGUUGCAGAGAUAGUAGCUGCUAAUUUUGACCUCGGGGGUGGAUAUGGCGUGACAAAUGUGAACCGGUCUGAGUAUCAAGUGAGUGAUAAGGAAGGAAUUGUCUUCCAUGUCAACCUAGUUAAAAAGACAUCUGUUUUUGGUAAAGUUAGAGUUGAAAGCCUUGUCUCUCAUUUUUACACUCUAGAGAAUCUACUGGUUGCUUAUGAUAUGGACAUACUACCGGUUACGGAUUCAGCUCCCCCUCCAGUGCCUCUCGAGAUCCAUACUGAUGAUGUUGUUACUGAUGCUAAUGUCGAGUUAAUUCCGCCAACUACUAGACGCCCUCCUGGUCGUCCAAGGAAAUCCAGAAUCCUCUCUCGUGGAGAAAUCAGGAUGAAGCCACAGAGGAAGAAACACAUAUGCAGCCGCUGUAAGGCAAGUGGUCACAACAAGGCUACUUGCAAGAUGCCAAUAUAA